CUGUGUCGGCAUCUACUGGUGUGGCGCUCAAUCGCAUGCCUCGUGUCUAGACUCUGCGCACUAGGACCCUGAAGCGACAGAGAGACAGACGCGAACAUGGCCGACAGAGACACAUCUACAGAUGCUCACAAACACAGUGUUUAUGAGGAGCUGCUCAGUCCAUCAGAGCUGUUUGAGGCGAGGUCCCGGAGCCAUAAGAUCCCGGUGAGGGGUCAGAAAGACUUCCUGCCCAGUGGGUCGGAGCAGCAGACGGCCCGUCUGCAGCAGUGUCUGGACGAGCACUGGACGCUCCUGGCCGAGGAGAGAGUCGAGAGACUAGGGAAUCUAGUGAAAGCUGUCUGGAUCCCUGACCAGAGACUAGUGGAGCUGCAGUCGCCAGCAGGGAAGUUUUGGCAGACGAUGGGUUUUUCAGAGAGAGGCACGCAGUACCUGCUUCCUGAAGAGGCUCUCUAUCUUAUGGAAUGUGGUAACGUGCAGGUGUUUUACCGGGACCUUCCUUUAUCCAUUCAGGAAGGAUAUGAGCGCUUUCUCUCGCGCGAGACUGUGACUCUUCAUCAGUAUCAGGUUUUUGGACAUUUGAAAAGGCUUGGGUAUGUUGUGAACAGAUUUGACCCCAGUUCAGUCCCGUCCGCAUAUGAGAGUCAGCUGAAUCUGCCAGCAUCAUCAUGGGACAAACAGAGAAAACAGCUGAAGAGGAAGCGCUCUCGAAGUCCUGUGUCCAGAGACAGUCAAAACACACCACCGGAGGAGAAGACCACAACAACUGAAGACCAAAGUGAGGAGCUAGUCAAGACCAGUGGAUCACCGGCAGAGCCGCCUCUGGCCGAUGCCUCUGACAGGACGUGGUGGAUGGAGGAGGAUGUGCAGCCGCCUCCUGCUCAAGCCCAAAGCGCAGCUCCUCGCUGGGACUUCAGCAGCAUCUCUUUCCCAGACCUGGGCUCUCGCCGGAGCCGCUCCGUCUCUCUGGCGUCUCCAGACCCCAGCCUGCUGCCCGGAGCGCUGGAGGUGGGCGGCUGCGAUCUGUCCCUGUGGCUCAGCAGAGUCAACGUGAAGCAGGAGAAGCUGUCGCGGCGGGACAGGGAGCGUCAGAGAGAAAGGGAUCGCUACCACAGGGAUAUUAACAGUGACCGAGAGGUGCGGCACUGCAGGAGCUGGGCCGAGUAUUUGCAGCUGCUGGAGGACAGGAGGAGACGGAGGCACAAAGAUAGACCCGUGCAUCUGUGGGAGAAGGAGGUGACACCCCUCACUCAGCCGGGACAGUGCACCUCGCACCGUGAACUGCUGGACCAGAUCAGCAUCAUCAAGUCUUCGAGCUGGUCUGAGGGGGUUUCCAGCUUGUCCCCGUCAGACCAGUGGAAGAUUAGUUUUGAUAUUUAUCAGCCGGACACGGUGGCAGAGUUUAAAAAGAGCCUCCCUGGAAAGCCUUACACCCGCAUGUGUGUCUGCAGUUUUGACGGUCCAGUGCCUGAUCUGAAUGCCAUGAAGCAGCUGUCCUUCCAAAGCGGAGACGUCCCGGUCACUUUUGCGGUGGUGGAUCAUGGGGACAUCUCCUUUUAUUGUUUCAAGGAUUUCAAACUGCCGACUGAUGUGUAUUAAAGGAGGAUUUCUAAAACUGGA